AUGGAUGAUCCAUCAACCAUCGCUCGCAAGACAUGGGAGCUGGAGAACAACAUCCUAACGGUGGAGCAACCCGAUUCAUCCUCCUCCUCGGACGGCAUCUUCUACUACGACGAAGCUUCCCAGACCAAAAUCCAGCAGGAGAAGCCAUGGGCCACCGAUCCCAACUACUUCAAGCGCGUCCAAAUCUCCGCCCUCGCGCUCCUCAAGAUGGUUGUCCACGCGCGCUCCGGCGGCACGAUCGAGAUCAUGGGUCUUAUGCAGGGGAAGACCGAUGGCGAUACCAUCAUCGUUAUGGACGCUUUCGCCUUGCCUGUUGAAGGCACUGAGACUAGGGUUAAUGCCCAGGCUGAUGCUUAUGAGUAUAUGGUUGAGUACUCUCAGACCAACAAGCUGGCGGGGAGGUUGGAGAAUGUUGUGGGAUGGUAUCACUCUCACCCUGGGUAUGGAUGCUGGCUCUCGGGUAUUGAUGUCUCGACGCAGAUGCUUAACCAACAGUAUCAGGAGCCUUUCUUGGCUGUUGUUAUUGAUCCGACGAGGACUGUUUCUGCUGGUAAGGUUGAGAUUGGGGCCUUCAGGACUUAUCCGGAGGGGCAUAAGAUUUCUGAUGAUCAUGUUUCUGAGUAUCAGACUAUCCCUUUGAACAAGAUUGAGGACUUUGGUGUUCAUUGCAAACAGUACUAUUCGUUGGACAUCACUUACUUCAAGUCAUCUCUUGAUAGCCACCUUCUGGAUCUCCUUUGGAACAAGUACUGGGUGAACACUCUUUCUUCUUCCCCACUUUUGGGCAAUGGAGACUAUGUUGCUGGACAGAUAUCAGACUUGGCUGAGAAGCUUGAGCAAGCCGAGAGUCAGCUGGCGCACUCCCGUUUUGGAGGAGUACCGGCCAGUCUUCACAGGAAGAAAGAGGAUGAGCCUCCACUCGCCAAGAUAACUCGGGAUAGCGCAAAGAUAACUGUGGAGCAGGUCCAUGGAUUAAUGUCACAGGUUAUCAAAGACAUAUUGUUCAACUCAGCACGUCAGUCCGACAAAACUCCCAGCGACCCGUCAGAUCCUGAGCCGAUGAUUACAUCUUGAAGUUGGUGUUCUUUUGUUUUUGUCUUGUCUUGUCUUAUGCAAGCGCAAUUGACUCUGGAUUAUCUUGGUUUAUGAGGCAAAUAUGCACACUGUUUUCCGUAUAAUCUCCCUCCAGUGUAGCUUUUAUUAAAUGACAUUAACAUGACAGCAUCAGUCAUCGUGUAGCUUCCUUGAGAACUAUCUUGAAAUUGAUAUUGUUCGACAAUAUGAAGGUUUGCUGGAAAGAGGAAACAAUGCUAAUUCCAGAAACAUGUGAGAUGUCUUAAUUUUCAACACUGGUAGUUUAGUUAAAAAUCAUACUCCAAACCCAUUUUCACUUAACUUCGAAAAUAUA